UUACACUCGAAGGAACCCUUGAAGAUUGGAUUAAACUUCAAGAAAAAGUUAUUCAUUUAAGAAAAUUAAAUUUGGAAUUAGACUUUUGGUUAGAUCGCCUUGAACCUGUUAUUUGGAAUUUAGUUGCUACUUAUCGUGGUGAGAUUGAUCAUGAUUUUUGGGGUAGAAUUGUCAGGAUUGAUAGAGUAUUUGGUUCUGGAGGUGGUACUUACAUCACUGGAUGGUUAAUGAAUUUCUUUCCUUAUAAUCGAGUAGGAAGCCCUUUAACAACUGAUCAUAAAAUAUCAAUUAAAACUAUUCCAGAUGGCAUUGUUGGUGUUCCAUUUCUUUUAGAUGAAUUAAAAUUAAUAUUCAUGGCUGGAUUUAUUGGUGAAUCGGUUGUUUCUCCUGUGAUUGGAUGGUCUAUUAUUGAUAAUCCAAAUGACUCUAAAUUUUAUUUAUUUUAA